AUGCAUGCCGCUGGAGGGGCAGAGGCUGGCGGUUCACAUCAAGGUGCUCAACAGCACGGUGCCGGUGACGAUGACCGAGGUGGAGGUGCUGCGGACGACAUCUCAGUCACCAUCUCCUUCCUUCGGAAUGAAGAAGCCAUCGCACUCUGGCAAGGCAGCAGAGAGUACAGCAUCGACGGGCGAAUUUUCAGAGCAACUGAAGUCAGCAUUGCACACGACCGGUCGUUCAAGCUCCGAGCCAAGCGAGGACCUUGGGGCAAGGGAGGGAGCCUUGCCGAGCUAUCGCAGCUCCUAGCUCUUGGAGGAAUGUCGACGGCGGACAUAGCUCGGAUCUAUCAAUUCCAACUGAUCUCGCAAUGUCUCGCCGCAGCAGAGGUACAACCGCUGGCGGGCAUGCUCGUGCAGGGUGCUGGGCAGAGAGGUCGCAAGGGGCCGAGCCCGAAGACGUAUGUUGCUGUUGGAGCAAGCACCGGAGCUCUGCAGCAGAGAGAGCUCGAGUGGGUACUAUCCUGCCCAUCGACGGCCAGCUGCGAGCAGACGUUGGCCUCGUUCAGAGAGAGCGAGGCGAUGGAGGGGGUGCACCUGACUCUCGUCAGCGACGACGCCAAGCUCAGAGAGACGUUUGCAGUCGAGCUCACAGCAGACACCUUCGUGCCGAGAGGAAAGAUUGCCAAGCAGAGGAAGGUACUUCGCGACAGGGAGCAGGCUCCAAGCGGCAGUUUCAGGGUGCAGAUCAAGUCGAAGUCAAGCAUGAGCACAGGCCGCUUCUCGAGGAAGGAGAUGGAAGCACUGUGCGGAGGAGGUAACACAUCGACCACGCGAGUCAAGCGAGCCAUGUUGGAAUUAGCAAGAAGAAUGAACCUGAAGCUUGCCAGCAUUGAGGUUCAAGAAGAUCGAGACACGCUGAGCUGGGAUGGGAGCCUGAUAACUCUCUCCCUGGCGACCAAGGCAGAGGCUCGACGUCUGAUGGAAGACAUCCCCUUCUACUUGGAAGGGGUCCUGGAAGUCAAGCUCGAAGCUGUGGGUUUCAAGUGGAGCUCUCAGGAUGAAGAGGAGAGCGAGGAGCAGGCUCAGGAGCCCCAAGGGCAGCAGCAAGGCGCUGGAUGGCUGGAGCUCAGCGACAUCGACAGGAUUACUCUGGAGGCGGCCUCGCCGUCAGGACCAGUCGACCAGCAGGUCUUGGUCGACCUCUCGACGAUGCUCCUGGAGACGUCAGAGGAGAUCCCGCUGGAGCUAGACAAGAGUGUCGGCAAGCUGCAUGACACCUUCUACUCGCCGGGCAACGUCGAGUUUACGACGCUCGGAGCUUGGGCAGCCACGCCGUCGUUGGGAUCGAAGCGCAACAUGUUGAAGGAAAAGCUGAGAGCGUACCUGGGCAAGCAGCGCUGGACUCAGGUACAGGGGAACAAGAAGCAGAAACAGGCAGCGAGGAGGGGCAGCGCUUUCUCUCCAAGAGCAGCAGCAACUGAUGCGCUUGAGCAGGAGGCUGAGAGCGAUGACAUCGAGAGUCGAUCUGUGAGCCUCUUGUUUCUUGCGAUCAGUAAAUUUGCUGAAAACCAAGGCCUGAAAUGCACGGGCAAGGUCGACAAGCGAGACCGACUGCGGCUGAUGCUGAAGGAAGAAGUCGACAUGGAAGCUGAGGAGGGCGAGGGCGUGGAGGAGGAGGCUGGCGCAGGCCUCUCGCGCGCUUGA